UGCUAAAGCCAAUGCAUGGAAAAUGAAAAGCAAGCAGAGACUACUCUGAAGUCGUCUCGUCCGUGGCCCUUUCCACGUUGUCUUCCACUUGCAUGGUCUGUUAAAGCACAGCCAUGGAACUAGCUUUCUUCAAUUUAGUUUCAGGAACCAUACCUUAUUUAUAUUCUUAUGUUCAUAUUCAUUUUGGUCAGGACAUUUUAAUUACAACAAACUCUUCUUCUUCUUCUUCUUCAUGGCAUCCGCCGUGGUUACAUCGUUGCCUGGCCAGCAACCGCCUGCCGCUGGGGAGUUUCAACAACCUAGUAAUAUUCCACAGGCUGUUUCAACUAGUAGCAAUAGUGCUUGGCGUUCUUCAGGAUCUAUUGGCCCAUUCUUUGGAGUUAUUUCUGUUCUUGCAGUUCUUGCUAUUCUUUCUUGCAUUUUGGGUCGAAUAUGCUCCCGUCGAGCAGUGGCUCCUCCAAACACCUUCAACCAUAAAGGGUGUCUAGGGUGGGUGAAGCGGAGGAUCCGGAGGAGCAAGUGGUGCAGGGGUGGAGAUGUUGAAAUGGGAGUCAAUAAGGUGAUGGCUCUUGGUGAUCAAGAUAAGCAAGAUGGUAAUAAUAAGGUUAAAGAUAAUGAUCAGGUUGAUCAGAAAUUACCACCUCCAGCUUGAUUGUUGUUGUUCCAUUCAUCUUUAUAAUUUGAUUUA